AUGAUGUCUUCACCUCUCAACGCGAUUCGUCGCAAGAAGAAUGUCAAGAAGGGCAUUCAAUUCUGUUUGAUGGUCUGUGGUGCAAGUGGAACAGGGCGUACUACAUUCGUCAACACACUCUGCGGGAAGAAGGUUCUUGAGCACAAGGACGCAGAUGAUGCUGCCAAUGCACACAUUGAAGAGGGGGUCCGGAUCAAGCCCGUGACAGUCGAGUUGGAGCUCGAUGAGGAAGGCACCCGUAUCUCUUUGACCAUUGUUGACACCCCCGGAUUCGGCGACCAGAUUGACAAUGAGGCCAGCUUCUCGGAGAUUGUUGGGUACCUCGAACGCCAAUAUGACGAUAUUCUUGCCAUGGAGUCCCGAAUUAAGCGUAACCCCCGAUUCCGGGACAACCGCGUCCACGCCCUCCUCUACUUUAUCACCCCUACCGGCCACGGUCUCCGAGAACUUGAUAUCGAAUUGAUGAAGCGUCUUUCUCCACGUGUCAACGUCAUCCCUGUUAUCGGCAAGGCAGACUCUCUUACUCCCGCAGAGCUUGCUGAGUCCAAGAAACUCGUGAUGGAAGAUAUUGAGCACUACCGUAUUCCCGUCUACAACUUCCCUUACGAUAUUGAGGAAGAUGACGAGGAUACCGUCGAGGAGAACGCAGAAUUGCGUGGUCUCAUGCCAUUCGCCAUUGUUGGUUCCGAAGAGGUCUUGGAAAUUGGCGGCAAGAAGGUACGAGCCAGGCAGUACCCAUGGGGUAUCGUUGAGGUCGAGAACCCCCGUCACUCAGACUUCCUCGCCAUUCGAAGCGCACUUCUGCAUAGUCAUCUUGCCGAUCUCAAGGAAAUCACCCACGACUUCCUUUACGAAAACUACCGUACUGAGAAGCUCAGUAAGAGUGUUGAUGGCGUUGUUGGAUCAGCCGAAGAUUCUUCCAUGAACCCAGAGGACCUCGUUUCCCAGUCCGUUCGCCUCAAGGAAGAACAGCUCCGCCGUGAGGAGGAGAAACUCCGUGAGAUUGAACUCAGAGUACAACGCGAGAUCAACGAGAAGCGCCAGGAACUCUUGGCCCGUGAGAGCCAGCUCCGAGAAAUCGAGGCUCGUAUGCAACGAGAAGCCAGCGCCCAUUUGGCUGCAGCCGAAGAGACCAAUGGAGAUGCCGGCGAGGCUUAA